UGAUACUUAGUGUCGUGGCAAACGUGUCUAGUUCGGAUCUAUCUGCGAAGUCUCGGUGUCGCAUUUUUUUUCUACUUGAUUUUACAACAGUGCUAAGCCAGCGAUUUGCGCAUAGCAGAGUAGAAUAGCUGAAGGCAAACUGAAAAAAGUGAUGUUUUUGGACCUUGUCAAGGUCUCAAGUAUAGGACUCUUGAUGUGAAAUUCGAUUCAUUGCUGGAGUGAAUGCUACCCGUGAGCAUGAGCGUCGCAUUUGCCUAUCGUUACACCUGGAAUCGCGAGAUUGUCUUCAAUUCACAAAAGCUGGUUAAGAGACGGCCAAAAACUGCUGCCUGAUAGCUGAGGAGUAUUUUCUUCGGGAGAAUAUCAUCGCAGCUGGAAAACAUAAUUACGGAGUAAGAGCAUCGUUGGAUAAAACGCGACUUGCGAAGCUUUUUUUCAACGAAUCGAAGGAGUACCCGAAAGAAAAAGAGAGAGAUUAAGCAAUAUAUCGAAUUUCGUUUUUGGUAUCAGGAAUCUGAAGCAAAUUAAAAUUUUAUCUGUGAUCUGAAAUUGCUGUGUUAUAUCUGAAGUUUUGUUGUUCAGUACAAGAUAAAAAAAAAAAAGAUUGACUCGAAAUAGCGCAAAUUGUUCGAACAUUUCAAUACUCUCUCUAUCAAUCUUCAUACUUUAAAAAUUGCUAUAUUUUUUCUGAACUAUAUUUUCUUACGUAUCGCAAUAGAACUCUUGUGAAGGCGUGUCAGUGAAUGUCAGAACCAAUUUAUACCAAUAUCGUGAAUCAACAGAACCGACAGUCAGUUAGCCAUAUUUUGAAUUUCUAGUUGUAAUCAUAUUACCGUAGGCGUAAUUAUUUCCCUGGUCUUCGAUAUCGAAAGCAGACGCAAGAAUUCCGGCACAGGAAAAACUGCGACGCUCUGAGCGACCCUAGCAACUACGAUAUAAAAAAAGCCGUCCCAAUACACUAGCGAGCUUGUGUUAAGCUUUCUGGCCGUGUCGGUGAGAUCAGGUUAAUAAAUAAUUUAACAAAACAAGUAACCAGCACUACGCAGCAGAAAACAGCGCCACAGAAAAUACUCCCAGCUCAGUAGCAGUACGUGGCCAGGAAAGUCACGAUCAAUCCGGCCAGCACAAUGAAUGUUUACGAUCAAUGGCUCGAUGAGAAGUUAAAACUGCCGCUUUUGGUUGCUAACAGCUAUGAUUCUUCGGCACCGGUCAUCGGGCCGUUCUCCCAUCAGCAAAAACCGGAGAAAGUGCAAAAUACCGAGGAACUUCUCAUGGAAUUCGAUUACGUGUAUGAAAACGUCGAGUUGACCCAUCUAACACCGCCACAAACACCACCUCAGGAGGCCCAUUUCGUUGGUCAGUCCGAGUCGCAACGGGAACUGCUUUUGCCGGUAUCAGUAGAACAAAUACAAUCGCAACAGCAGCAUGAGACCAACGAGUACUACGGAUAUGGGGCUCCGAUGAAUGGUUUGCUGGUUAAUUCGGCCCAAACUAUCAAUCAACCACAACAGCAGCAGGGAACCGAAGAGUAUCAGAUAGCUGACAGUUUCGGCUUUCAACCGGUAGAUGAGGUAGAGAACAUCGCACGCAAUUUGGAACUAGUGGACGAGAUUGUUCGAUCCCGUUCUAAAGAUCUUCCUGAUUGUAACGAUGACGAUGACUCUUGUUCGUUCUCCGAGGACGGAUCUGUAUCCAGCUCGUGCCCGAUGAGUGACUCGAGUUCGUCCUACUGUGGUUCCGCUUACUCACGGGAUCAAGAUGACGAAUGGAGUCCAUCUAGUGGCAAAAAAAGCUUGAAAGUUUCCGGUGGUGGUGUCACCAAGAAGCGCACCCGACCGUACGGUCGCGGAGUUGAAGACAAAAAAUCGCGCAAAAAGGAACAGAACAAGAAUGCUGCCACGCGCUAUCGCCAGAAGAAAAAAGCCGAAAUCGAAGAGGUUCUUAUCGAGGAACGCAAACUAAGAGACAAGAAUGAAGAAUUGAAGGGCAAAUCUGCUGACAUUGGUCGCGAAAUACGCUAUCUUAAAAGUUUGAUGCGGGAGGUUUUCAAGGUCAAAGGUCUGAUCUAAUUGCUUUUUAUUCAGAAAGGGAGUUAGAGAUACUUAAGUACCUUUCAAUUUUAUUAAUAUCAUAUUAACUUGUUCCAUUGUCAAACAACUAGAUCAGUAAGAGAUUCAAUUAGUUGGUAAGAUUUUGUUUUUUUCUCGAUUCUUCAUUCUGAAAUAUAGUGCGUGUAGUACUUUCCGAUUAAGAAUCUAUUACUAGUUUUUAUCAGAAAAUGUCUAGUAGAUAAGCUGUUUGAAACCCGGUCGAAUGUACGUUGCAAAGGUAGCAUUGCUGAAAUCUAUGGUCUAGUGAAAUGUGUAGUUUUUUUUUCAUAUAACGUUCCCAAUAGCAUUCGAAAUAACGAUUUACCCAUGGAUGCCGUAUAAAUGCUGUCUUCUGUAGUUUACUGUUGCGAGAGAUCAGCUGUAAAACGAAACCAUCGCGUAUGACGUCUGCCUAGCAUGACUGAAAUUUUGGUGCGUGCGUUUUCAACUGGAAUCUCGGGUGAAGCUGUGUUGUCUUUUAGGAGGGAGAAUAUUUUUACAAUUUUGCUUAUUCUCUUUUACUUGGAGAAACUGUGGGUACACAAACAUUUUUUUCAGAAAAUUGAAAUCUUCUUAAUUCUCCAAAGGCAUUUUCUUAACGAUGUAUGAUGCCGAAUCUCCCAUUUCAUUUUUGUAACUUACUAACCAUUCACAGUUAAGCGGAUAUAGCAGUAGAACGGCAUGAUGUUUUUUUUUCAAACAUUAGUAGUUAUGAUUGUUGAGAAAAUGGCAUCACUAAGAUCAUACCGAUGCGAAACAUAAUUGCAGCAUAAAGCAACAAUGGAUAAGGAGAGCUAUGGAAUGUUUAGGAAUAGCACAGGAAUAUCGUCCUUCAUCACUAGGGCCGUUUAAACGUUUCCUAGCCUGGAUCUAUGAGUUUUAUUGUGCAAUAAAAGAGUUAAGAAGAAC